AUCACCAACCUGCAGAGUGCGUCGUCGGAGACUCCAAACUGGCUCGCGUGUUAUUGUUGCGCUGUUGUUCUUCCUUAUCUCUCCGUAGCCGGACAUACUGUUUGUUUUACUACACAUCUGAUUUAUUAGCUGUUUAGUUUUACUCCGCCUCUUGGACACAUGGAUUGCUCUGAAGAGGUCCAGUCGCUCUCCGAUGAGGCCAGCACUCCGAUGGAGUUGAAGAAAGGAAUGUCCAUAUUCUUGGAUAUACUGCGCAGAGCGGAUAAAAAUGAUGAUGGGAAGUUGUCAUUUGAGGAGUUCAAGGCGUAUUUCUCUGAUGGCGUUCUGUCUGGGGAGGAGCUGAGGGAGCUCUUCCAUACCAUCGACACACACAACACUGACAACGUGGACACAGAUGAGCUGUGUGAGUACUUCUCGCAGCAUCUGGGGGAGUAUGAGAACGUGCUCGCUGCCCUGGAGGACCUGAACAGCACUGUGCUCAGAGCCAUGGACAAGACCAAGAAGGAGUACCAAGAGUCCACCCACUUGGAGCAGUUUGUGACUCGUUUCCUGCUGAAGGAGACGACCAGCCAGCUGCAGUCCCUCCAGAGCUCCAUAGAGUGCGCUAUGGAGACAACCGCUGAGCAGACGCGCCAGGAGAGGCAAGAGCUGCGUCUGGAACCUGUGGAGGAGGAGGUGAUGGGGGGUACCACCAAAUCACAUAUCCUGAUCGUUCAGAGGCAGCUCUCCGUGAUGGAGGAUGAACGUGAUGAGUUCCGUUUGGCACUCCGGCAGUACAUCGACUGUGCCAGCGCUCAGACCGGAUGCCUCCAUGUGUCUGUCCAGAGGCUCGCUAACGAGUCUCGCUUUAUCCUCUACGAGUUCUGGGAACACAGCAACGUGUGGAAGAAUCACCUCCAGACCAACUAUAGUAAGACGUUCCAGAGGGGGAACGUGGACUUCCUGGAGACGCCAGAGGUCAUGACCACCAUGCUGGUGCCAGCUUCAUGGUGGGUUCUGAACAACAACUAGCAGCAGCAGCAGUCUUCCUCUCCAGCGCUGUUGACCAAUCAGGAGGCUGGAUGGUGUAGAGGGGGCCUGAACCCACACGUGUGUCAGCGUUUCAGUGUGACGUCGUCAUGGUGAUAUUUCUUGGAUUUACUCGACCCCCGAGCCUGUGUCAUCCUGAGUAGAAGUAGUGUGUUAUCUCGUAGAUGAUGUGUCCGUCUUCAGUGACACACACACACACACACACACACACACGCACACACACACACGCACACACAUACACACACACAUACACACACACACACACACACACACACAUAUACACACACACACACACACACACACAUAGGGGUUGGAUGAAGCCCUUCACUGUGUAGAUACUGUGCAAUAUCUAAAUGUCGGUAUUCAUAUUUCUAGAGAACUGUGUGUGUGUGUGUGUGACAGAGAGAAAGAGAAGUGUGUGUUUAUGUGUGUGCCUGUGUACAUCUGUAUCUAAACAUGACACACUCUAAUGUAGCAGUAUUAUUGAUAGGGUGGCUAUUGCAGGUUUAAGACACAAUUUUCCUCCCCUGAUAAAACUAACUCUGUAUAAAUGAUAAAUGUCAUCAAAUGUGACUUGUCUGUUUAAAAUUAAAUAUUGUUGUCAAACUUA